AUGGGGGAGAGACAGAUGGAAGUCCAUCGGUCAUCUCUCGAUGUCUUGGCGAGAGCUUCUUUGCUAGUCAGCGAGGGACUGCUAAGUCUCUCUCCCACGGCUCAAACCAGACCGAUCGAAUUGCCGAGCAUCUUCUGGGACAAAACGCUGGAGAUGCAUGGCCAGGGUGUGAUGCUCGUGCUGGAGAAGAGAUUGCGGGCCACUGACAUGGACCCAAACCAAGGUAGGCUCUCCAUACCCAAGUUGCAGGUACGAGCAGAUUUCUUGAGCGGCGAAGAGGUCCGAACCCUAGACAACAAGGAGGCCAUUACAGUUUCCCUCAUCGAGCCUUGUCUGGAAGUACGCCACGGCUUGCAGCUCAAGAAGUGGAAUUACCAGAGCGGAACUUUUUCUUACGUGUUGAUCAAGCAGUGGAACGCUGUCGCGCGCCGGUUCGAGCGGAACAGCCUCGAGGAGAAUAGCCUCGUCCAGCUUUGGUCCUUCAGAGUGGAUGGCGACCUUUGCUUCUGCCUCGUGAACUUGGGAGCACCCUCGGCGGCGGCGGCAGCGGCAGCAGCGGAACAUAUGGCUGCUCAUGAGUGA